AUGUUUCGCGUUUGCCGUAUCAGCUGCAUGGCACCGUGUGCCGUGCUGUUCAACAAAGGAAAGGUGAUUUCUUGGAUGUCGGGCCGCGGCUUCGGUUUCAUUGAGGACGACGCCGACAAGAAGCAGCACUUUGUGCACUUCUCCGCCCUCCAGACGGAGACCGGCGGCUUCCGCGCCCUCACGGUGGGGCAGGAGGUGGAGUUCGAGGUGGCCUCGCAGGACGGCCGCACGCGGGCGGAGAACGUCACGUCCCCGGGCGGGGCGAAGUUGCCGUCUGGACCGCGGCCCCCGGAGGGGAUGGGCCGAGGACGCGGCGGCGGCCGGGGCGGUCGGGGCGGUGGCUUCGGCGGCCGCGGCGGUAACCGCGGCGGUGAUGGGCACCACGGUGGCAACAACCAGAGCUUCAGCGACGACUUUUAA